GAGUUUAGCAACGCUCAGUGCGCGUCUCUGGUUGCGCAGAGCUACAUGUAACUCAGCAUGGACUACAGACAGAACUUUUAAAAUACAGGUGGACAAUUUUCUUUUUAACCCGAAGAAAUCGGCUCAUUUAGUUACUAAAAAAUAUGGAGACUGAUUCCCCAUCAACUCCAACUGCUGUCAACACCCAGGGGUCAUGCCCUGUCGUGGAUGGACCCUCUCUUCCCUCCCCCAUACAGACUCCUCCUUUAGUCUCCAAUAACCUCUCUACUGCUCACUCCCACCCCACCACAUCUCCAUCCUCAACAGAGACCACUACAGAACCCCAACAAUUAUCUUAUUACUCUCAAGUAUCCACUCACACCAUCUCUUGCCCUCCUUCUGUAGAGGGGUCAAAGCCCUUAAGUCCCACUGAGCCCUCUAAACCUGCACCUAAACCUCUUUCCACUAAACCCUCCUCUCCUCCUCCUAAUUGCUCUAGCCCUCAAAUCCCCAAAAUGUCAUCCUUUUCCAAACUCACAUCUGCCUCCUUUACAUCUCCUAGCUCGGCCUGUAACACUCCAACAGAUUCCCCUACUUCUUCCUCCACUACUGCUUCCACCGUGGCUCCUGCAACUUCUUCCACCGCCCCCAUUAAACGCACCUUCUCCUCCUUGGCCAAGCGGGUGAUAAUACAGGAAAGACUUAGGAAAGCCGAGGAGGAAGACGAUGAUGUAGAAGAUGAUGACGAACCAGAGCAAGAUUUAUCCGUGGAGCAGAUGGAGGAGAAGGCCGAAUCUGGUGAUGCCAGAGCCCAGACCCGGCUGGGUCAGCACUACCUGAUUCUUGCUGAAGAGAUUGAUUCAGAGCGAAAUAAUCGUCUGGCCGUUAAUUGGCUGAUUAAAGCCGCUAAACAGGGAAGAAAAGGUGCAGCGAGAGCACUGCAGCGCUGUUGGAUUCAGAGAAAAGGAAUCACUCCAGAGAAUGAGGCCGAAAUGCGCAAGUUGGCGACAGAGAGCAGGUUUGAGCUGGCAGUACGCAAAGCAGCCAUGAUGAUGUACUGGAAACUCAAUCCAGAGAGGAAGAAGAAGGUGGCUGUGGCUGAGAUGCUGGAAAAUGUCGGCCAGGUCAAUGCAGUGCCAGUGGGUGGCACUGCUAGCAGGAGUCCUGUCCCAACCUCAGGCCAGACCCAGCAGGUAUUGGAGAGCAUGGUCAACAAUGAGUCCACUCAGUUGGUGGACCUGGACGACUUUGUUGAGAUGACUAAAAAGUAUGCGCAAGGUAUUGUCCCCUCUACCUCCCAAAAGAACAACCAGGUCACAGCCAAGACUGAAAGCAGUGAGGGGCAGAAAGCUGAGCUGGUCCCAUCAGCUUACAAGAAGGCCUGUAAACGUUCUUGGAGUUUUGGCCGAGGCGGGAUAAUGCUGGACAAUGGGCAGAAUGGGGCCAUGAAAAAAGCCAUGGACAUGAAAUCCCGCUUAAUGAUACUGCAGUACCCGCUGCAAGGCAUUAUUGAGAUGAAACAGCACCUGGUGGACUGGGCGUCGCGGGCCGGUGUCCAGUGGCUAAGCACAGCCAUCCCGACGCAACACGUCAACGCACUUAUUUUCUUCUUCAUCAUCAGCAACCUGACAGUUGACUUGUUUGCUUUUGUAAUCCCCUUGCUUGUCUUCUACCUCUCCUUCAUCUCCAUGAUCAUCUGCACUUUGCGGGUUUUCCAAAGCAGCAAGACUUGGGAGAACUUCAGAGCCCUGACAUCUCUGCUGACACGUUUUGAACCCGGCCUGGAUGUGGAGCAGGCAGAGACCAACUUUGGCUGGAACAACCUUGAACCGUACCUCUAUUUUAUUCUGUCUGUUUUCUUCGUCAUUUUCUCCUUCCCUGUAGCUGACAAGGGCUGGAUCCCCUGUUCUGAACUCUCCACUGUGGCCAUCUUCUUCACAGCUGUCAGCUACAUGAGCCUCAGCCCCACCGCUGCGAAGUACGCACGUCGGGCAAUGGUCAUAGAGGUUGCAUCAUCUCUGUGCUGCCUGACCCAGUUCCUGCCAGAGAAAAUGACAGUGCUUCGUUUCCUGGGGCGCACCUUCGCCACACUGCCACUAGGGGAGUCAGUGGUGCUGAAGCUCAGUCUCCCCUGCCUGCUGUAUAUUUACCUGUUCUCUCUGUUCUUCAGCAUGGCCAGGAUGCGUGGUUUCAGAGGGAUUUACUGCUUCCUUGUUCCAUACCUUGUGUGCUUCAUGUGGUGUGAGUUCUCUGUGGUGCUCCUACAGAGUUCCUCUGCAGUGGGUCUAAUGCGCACCUGUGUGGCCUACUUUCUCUUCCUGUUUGCUCUUCCUGUUCUGGCUUUUGGCCUCGCUGUCAUGCUCUUCAUCCAGCUUUUCAAGUGGUUCCUCGAACUUGAACUGACGAAGGUGAUUGUGACUCUGGUAGUUUGUGCUAUCCCUGUCACCCUGCGGCUGUGGACGCGGUUCAGCAUGUCUAUUCUGGAUGUCUUCCACUCACUGACCCACCGUGGCCCAGUCAAACUCAUCUUACUCUGUAUCUCCAUGGUGAUCCUGUUCUUCUCUAUCUAUGUGUACCAUGCAGAGGGACAGAAGGUGUACAAUUCCACUCUGAGUUGGAGACAGUACAGCCAGGUGUGCGGGCCACCUGCCUGGGAAACUAAAGGCAUAGCCCAGACACAGCUCUUCUGUAGCCACCUGCACGGACACAGAGUCACCUGGAAUGGGCGUUUCAAGCACGUCCGUGUGGCCGACACAGACAACGGGGCACAGUCGGUCAUCAACAUGUUGCCAGUGUUCAUGGGAGACUGGCUGCGCUGCCUGUAUGGAGAGACGUAUCCCAAAUGUGAGCCAAAGAAUGCUACAGUUGCAAACAUAACAGCUGCCAAUUUGGCAGCCGGGUCUGCAUCAGCUACUUAUUCACUGCCCAUACUGCUCCGUAUGGAAGAAGAGGAAGAGUUGUGUCAGAUCAAGGCUCUGGCUAAACACACCUGCCAUAUCAAACGCUUUGACAGCCAACUCUUUCAGGUGACAGUAGGGAUGAUCCUGGAUGGAAGUGUGGAGGACCCGGCAAGCGAUAUAAUCCUAUUAGCAAGCCAUGAGUUCAAACAAGUUCUGCUAAACCUAAACCCUGGUAAUAUGGUGGAAUUCAGCACAAAGCUGGAGGGCCAUCUAGGAGCCAAAGCUCCGGCCUUCGAGCUGAAGGCGAUCCACUGUCUGGACUGUGUUUCGUCACUGCUGACUGGAGGCAGGCAGGUGAAGAUAGAGGGAGACUGGAGACGCACCACAAUGAGAGCCCUGAAGUUUGCAUUUGAUUUUUUCUUUUCUCCCUUCCUGUCAGCAAAAAUCAACACCUGAGAAGAAAGACAGCAAGACAGUGAAGAUGCAGUGCUACGGACUCACUUGAACCUCUUCAGGAAACCAUGCUGUCUUUUUCUUGCGAUGUGAUCAUGUUACUGAGGUAACGUGUGGUAUUGUUUACAAUUUGAUCUAACAUUGAUCUACAGCUCAUGUUUACGUAUUGAUAUUUCAACAAGGUGAUAGCAUAUAAGCAAUGAUUUUAUAUUGGAACUCUUUCAUGUUAGUGCAUGAGUUUUACUAUGUCUGUUCAUGUACCUCUAAAGCAGUUCAGGUUUGAUACACAUUGUCAGAAUCGCUUUGAGUUUUCAAAUCCUGCUAAGCCAAGACAAAAUAAAAGUAUUCUUCUACUUUUAUGCAAGGUCAUGCUUUCAGAAAGUUCACGUUGCAAUAUACAGUAUUGAAGAAGUGAACAAAAUCCUGUAAUUUGAUGAUGCUAGAUUAUAUGCAGGGAUUCUGAUGUUGGCUUCUGAUCAUUUCUGAAUCCCUAGAAAUACUGUACAUUUGUUGAAAAUGAAAUAUUAUCAGAGUGAAAUUUAUCAGCAAUAUUGCUGCUGAUUUUGCUGCUUCAAAGGAAUGUUUUAGAUGUACUGAUAAUAUGUUUGCAUGUAAAGUAUGUGUGAACCUUUGAGUGUGUAUAUUCGUGCAUUUUCAAUGUAUAUCUGCCUAUUUAUUUAUGUAGGUUGUUUUACAUAUUAUAUAUGUUCUGGCUUAGUCACUUAGCCAAUAGUUUUCUAGCUCUGUGGUCUUAAAACAUUCUGGUCUUAUUCUUAUUUCUAACUGAUUAUCAGAUUUUCCUGUGCUUUGAGCUACAAUACGCAUUAAAUGGCAUUUGGAAAGCCAACAUAAAACAUUGAUCCAGCUUUAUUUAUGUGUGCAGUGAGGCUGUUUAUAAGCCCACAAAUGUGUCAAAGUAUGCAGCUGUAGUCUCAGUUUCAUGGUUUGUAUUACACACUCACAGACCAAAAUGCCAGAGCGAAGAUGUCAUGGCCGAUGAUGCAGCAAGUGAAUUAUAAGUAACCGAGAGGGGUGACUUCUAAAUGUGAUUUAUAUAUACAGCACUAGUCUUCACAGUCCUACAUUGAGUGAGUUCCUCAGGGAAACAAACAUAAAUCAAAACUAAAUGAGCCCAUUAAAUCCUAGAGUUUAUUUUUGGUGGUAUCUCCAACUGUAGAUAUACCAACACAGCAUUGGACAGUGUGUGAAUUUUUAAAAUGAUUUGUUUUGCUUACAUUACAGAGUGCCUUUACAUUGCCUCAAUGUCGUGAUAAUGUCGUCACAUUUAUAAAGACUAAGAAAUGUCACCGGUUUUUCACUGUAAAGAUAAACUGAAGUGUUUCUCUAUUGGUUAAAUUCUUCGACUUAAAAAACAUUUAAAAAGCAAUUAUUAAAAUCAGAUUAUCGCAGUGUUUCUGUGAGAUACACGUUUUUCACAGGGCAGCGACAUUUUGUCAAACUGAUCAGAUGAUCGGCAUAUGAUACCGUGCAAUAAAAACAGUAUUAAACUGCAACCUGUACUUACCUGUGAAGGAAAAUCAUUGAUGUCGAGCCAGUAUACUGCCAUCUGUAUUUAGUAAUGGAGUUUAUGGGAGUGUGCAAUGACGAUUAAAGUGUUUGUCUUUCAAA